UUCUGAAAAAUUCCUCAAAAACCCCUCGCUCUCGGCCCCCAUCUGUCUACCAGUCCACCCCAGAGGCUUUACGAAAGCAUUUGGAGAAUUCCAGAAGGUUUUUCUUCUCUCACGCUGCUGCCCUACUUGAUCUCCGUCUUCCCGAGGUACACUUGCAGCAAAGAUGAGCGUGGUUGGAUUUGAUCUUGGGAACGAGAGUUGUGUUGUGGCAGUUGCCAGACAAAGGGGAAUUGAUGUUGUUCUUAAUGAUGAGUCAAAACGUGAGACUCCUGCUCUUGUGUGUUUUGGUGAAAAACAACGUUUCUUAGGGACAGCUGGCGCUGCAACCAGUAUGAUGAACCCAAAGAACACCAUCUCCCAGAUUAAGCGGCUGAUAGGGCGUCCAUUUUCUGAUCCUGAAUUGCAACAAGAUCUCAAGGCUUUGCCCUUUUCUGUAACAGAAGGACCCGAUGGUUUUCCAUUGAUCAAUGCAAGGUAUCUUGGUGAAACGAAGUCAUUCACCCCAACACAAGUUAUGGGAAUGGUUUUCUCAAACAUGAAGACAAUAGCUGAGAAGAACUUGAAUGCAGCAGUUGUGGAUUGCUGCAUUGGGGUACCUAUUUACUUCACUGAUCUUCAAAGAAGAGCUGUAAUGGAUGCAGCAACUAUAGCCGGUUUGCAUCCUCUACGGUUGAUGCAUGAGACAACAGCCACUGCUUUAGCUUAUGGAAUAUACAAAACUGACUUACCUGAAAAUGAGCAGCUCAAUGUAGCCUUCAUUGACAUUGGACAUGCUAGCAUGCAGGUAUGCAUAGCAGGUUUCAAGAAAGGUCAACUGAAGGUAUUGGCACAUUCAUUUGACCGGUGUCUUGGAGGGAGGGAUUUUGAUGAGGUUUUAUUCCAACAUUUUGCUGAAAAGUUCAAGACAGACUACAAAAUUGAUGUUUUCCAGAAUGCAAGGGCUUGCCUUAGACUCCGUGCUGCUUGUGAGAAGCUAAAGAAGGUGCUUAGUGCAAAUCCAGAGGCACCUAUGAACAUAGAGUGCUUGAUGGAUGACAAGGAUGUUAGAGGGUUUAUUAAAAGAGAUGAAUUUGAACAAAUCAGCGCCCCAAUAUUCGAACGUGUGAAGAAGCCUUUAGAGAAGGCUCUUUCAGAGGCUAAACUCACAGUUGAUAAUAUUUAUGCUGUGGAGGUUGUUGGGUCGGGUUCAAGGGUGCCAGCUGUCAUCAAGAUUCUGACAGAAUUCUUUGGGAAGGAGCCGAGGCGUACUAUGAACGCGAGUGAAUGUGUCUCUAAAGGUUGUGCUUUGGAAUGUGCUAUUCUCAGUCCUACAUUUAAAGUUAAAGAAUUCCAGGUCCAAGAAAGCUUCCCUUUUUCAAUUGCAUUGACAUGGCAAGGUUCUUCCCAAGAAUCUCAGAAUGGAAAUGUGGAGAAUCAACAAAGCACAAUUGUUUUCCCCAAGGGAAAUCCAAUUCCAAGUGUGAAAGCUUUGACUUUUUACAGGGCUGGCACGUUCACAGUAGAUGUGCAGUAUGCUGAUGUCAGCGAAUUGCAGGCACCAGCAAAGAUCAGUACCUAUACGAUUGGUCCCUUCCAAGCAACAAAAGGUGAACGUGCCAAGGUGAAGGUGAAAGCCCGUUUGAAUUUGCAUGGAAUUGUGUCUGUGGAGUCUGCACAGCUUAUUGAAGAAGAUGAGGUUGAUGUUCCAGUGACAAAAGAAGCAACAAAGAUGGAUACAGAUAAGGCUCCAGCUGAUGUGGCAUCUGGUAACGAAACAGAUGUAAAUAUGCAGGAUGCCAAUGUGGCUGAAAAUGGUGCUACAGAAACUGGAGAUGUUCCUGUUCAGAUGGAGACUGAUACUAAGGUGGAGGCUCCAAAGAAGAAGGUCAAAAAGUCAAACAUACCCGUUUCAGAGGUUGUUUAUGGAGCAAUGCUACCAGCAGAUAUGCAAAAAGCAGUGGAAAAAGAAUUUGAAAUGGCAUUACAGGACCGAGUCAUGGAAGAAACCAAGGACAAAAAGAAUGCUGUGGAAUCCUAUGUUUAUGAAAUGAGGAACAAGCUAUAUGAUAAACUGCAAGAAUUUGUGACGGAUUCAGAUAGGGAAGCAUUAAUUGGUAAGCUUCAAGAAACCGAAGAUUGGUUGUAUGAAGAUGGUGAAGACGAAACUAAAGGCGUGUAUGUUGCCAAACUUGAAGAACUCAAAAAGAUAGGUGAUCCCAUUGAACAACGUUACAAGGAGCACACAGAAAGAGGAUCUUUUGUAGACCAUCUGGUCAGUGUUAUUACUUCUUACAGACAGGCUGCAGCAUCCGGUGAUCCAAAAUAUGAACACAUUGACUUGAAUGACAAACAAAAGGUGUUGAAUGAAUGCUCAGAAGCAGAAAACUGGUUGAGAGAGAAGACACAACAGCAGGAGUCACUUCCAAAACAUGCUGAUCCAGUUCUUCUGUCAUCUGAUAUAAGAAGGAAAGCAGAGGCAAUCGACAGGGCAUGUAGGCCGAUAAUGUCAAAACCAAAGCCAGCCCCACCAAAGGCAGCCACACCACCAGAGGCACCACCCUCCCCUGCACCUGAGCAGCAGGCUGGUUCAGAGAAUGCUGCAAGCCCAAACCCAAAAGCAGCAGACAGCAAUGACAAUUCUGAUGCCAUGGAAAUGGAGAAGCCUGAGGCUGCUGCAUAAGGAAGGCCAAAAGGUUUUUGGUUUUUUCUUGUUUUUUCUUUUAUCGAUUGUGUGUUUUUAUCAUGGGACACGAGUACUUGUUUUAUUAUUUUGAUUUGUAUAAUCAUAUGAAUAUAUAGAUUUUGGUCUAUUUUGUUAGAUCCAUAUUAUUACAAAAUUAUUUGCCAGGGUCCUUUUAUCUUCAUGAGCAGGACUUGUGGUGUUUUCGGAUGCAUUUGUGAUAGAUAUAUACUUAUCGUGCUAAAAUGAUAUAAUAUGAUUGAUUCAGGGGU